UCUUUACAAAUCCUUUGUUUUUUCACACUCACUCUGUCUCUCUCAGUUCAAUUCUCUCUCUCUCUCUUUCUUUCUUUGGUGGCCAUUAAAGCUUAGCUCGGCUUUCGGAGCUAGCUAGCUAUGGCUUUCCUCUUUUUUGGUUUUGUCGGAAGCUUUUUCAUUGAGAUAUAAACACAAACACCAACACACAAAAAAAGAUCUCUCAUUUCGAAGUAAAAUUAAAUCCGCUUUUGAAGGAUGUUCUUUUAUCCAAUUUCUCUGAUCCAACUUUUUUAACCGCCAUUUGAUCUUUCUCUGAAACCAGGAAACCUUAGUAGUCACAGCUUCUCUUUAUACUUCUUUCUAUUUUGGGUUUUCUUUUCUUUUUUUUGGUUUCAAAUUUGUCUAAAGAAAAAUGAAGUCUUCGACUCGGCUUGACUCGGCUUUGUUUCAGCUCACUCCUACUCGAACCAGGUGUGAUUUGGUUAUAUCUGCAAAUGGGAAGGAAGAAAAAAUAGCUUCGGGUUUGCUGAAUCCAUUUCUUGCCCACUUGAAGUCUGCACAGGAGCAGAUGGCCAAGGGGGGUUAUUCGAUUGUUUUAGAGCCUGAGCCUGGCAGUGACUCAAUGUGGUUCACAAAGGGCACGGUGGAAAGGUUUGUUCGGUUUGUGAGCACUCCAGAGAUCUUGGAACGGGUCUACACUCUAGAAUCAGAGAUCUUGCAGAUUGAGGAGGCAAUUUCAAUUCAAGGCAACAAUGAUAUGGGGAUGAAUACUGUAGAAGAUUAUCAUGCCAAACCUGUAGAAAGUAUUGAAGGUAGCAGGCCUGUGCUUGAUACUAAUGAGGACAAAGCAAUUGUCCUUUAUAAGCAGCCUGGAGCAAAUCCACCUGAAGCAAAUGGAUCCACCACACAGGAGGGAAAUUCGAAAGUUCAACUUUUGAAAGUCCUGGAGACACGCAGAACUGUGCUGCAGAAAGAGCAAGGCAUGGCCUUUGCACGUGCUGUAGCUGCUGGUUUUGACAUUGAUCACAUGUCACCGUUGAUGUCAUUUGCCGAGUGCUUUGGGGCCUUGCGUUUAAUGGAUGCUUGUUUGAAAUUUUUGGAGUUAUGGAAAAGAAAGCAUGAAACUGGCCAGUGGCUUGAAAUUGAAGCAGCUGAAGCAAUGUCUAGCCGAUCAGAAUAUUCUGCAAUCAAUGCAUCAGGAAUUAUGCUUGCCAAUGAGGUCAAGCAAAAAGAAUAUGAGCUGGCUUCAGAAAAUAAUGGGAAAGCAAGUAGUGCCAUAAGUACAGAUGACAAGCCUCCCGCGGAUUACCAACCACUGCCUGGGCAUUUUCAAGGACAGUUUCCACAUCAUAUGUUCCCUUCCUGGCCUCUUCAUUCUCCUCCUGGUGCCCCUCCAGUUUAUCCAGCAUAUCCCAUGCAAGGCAUGCCUUACUAUCAGAACUAUCCAGGGAACAGCCCAUAUUUCCAGCCACCAUAUCCAUCGGUGUCAGACCCUAGACUCAAUGCUGGUCAAAGAAUGGGGCGUAGAAGGCAUUCCAUGGAUAGUAGGGAUAGCAAUACUGAAUUAGAAACUUGGGAGAUGGAUGCUUCAAAAACCAGAUCGCAGGAUGAAGUGGAGUUGGAGAAUGAAGAAGCUUCGCAAACUCGAGAAUCAAGGAAGAAGGGAAGCCGAUCAGGUAAAAAGCAAUCAGGUAUGGUUGUCAUUCGGAACAUUAAUUACAUCACUUCAAAGAGACAGAACUCUUCGGAUAGUGACUCACAAUCAGCUUCUGACUCUGAAACUGACGAGGAAGUUGAAGAUUUAGAGGCUAGUUCCCUGGAUGCGAGGCGUAUGGACUCUAAGAGAUCUUCCAAUAGAAAAGGAAAGCAUUCCAAAUCCAUGGAUAAAUUGAAUUCAUCUGAUGCUGCACAUGGGAAGGAUGUAGAUGGUGGACACUGGCAAGCAUUUCAAAAUUAUUUACUGAGAGAUGAUGAUGAGGACAAACGUGCAGUUGAUCAAGGCAUGUUUGCAAUGGAAAAGGAAGUUCAAGUGAAAAGGAGACAAAAUACUAUAGGGGAUGAUCCUUUAGCUUUUAGCGGACAAGAUAAGGGUGAAAUACAAGAAGGUAAUAUGAUAGAUAUGCACAAAAUUAGUGGAAAGAUGACCUACAUGCACAAAGACUCAAACAAUGAAUUGUUGAUUUCUAGAAGAAAUGGUCAACCUGGUGAUGGCAGAAGGUCUAUGGAUGUACAGCCUACAGAACUAGAUGGAAGACGUGGUGGCUAUAGGAGGACUGGCAAUGAUGAUUUUAUGAUACGUAGCCAGUUGGAUUACACAAGCUCUACCUCAGAUCCACUUGUAAAUGGAUUUGAUCGUAUAAACAAUAACUUGGAUAGGAAGUCAUCACAUGAUAUGGAUGAUGAUUCUUAUAUUGUUGCAUUAAGGGCUAAUUCACUAGAUCAAGUUGGAAACAAUGAAAGAAAUGCUAUUGACAUGUAUUCUGAGUUCCCAUCUGCUUCUCAGUUGGCAGAAAGUGUGUCGAAUAGAGUUGGCAGUCAAGUCAAUUAUGAACCAGAUGGAUUGAGUUUGAUGCCUGAGCGUGGGACAGAGAAGGAAUCAAUUGGUUAUGACCCUGCUUUAGAUUAUGAAAUGCAGAUCCGAGCUGAAGACGGUGCUUCACUAGAUAAGAAAAAUGUGGAGGUAGAAAUCAAGCAAGGGUCUAAAAAAUCAGACAAGGAGCGGAAAUCAAGACUUACGCCAGAUGCUUCAGAUAAGAAGACUGGGGGGCCAAUAAGGAAAGGGAGGUCCUCAAAGUUGAGUCCUUUGGAUGAAGCACGAGCACGUGCUGAGAAGCUAAGAACCUUUAAAGCUGAUCUCCAGAAAAUGAAGAAAGAGAAGGAGGCAGAAGAGAUGAAACGACUAGAAGCUUUAAAGAUUGAAAGGCAAAAGAGAAUUGCUGCAAGAGGGGGUUCCAUCCCAGCUAAGUCAUCAAUACCCUCAAAUCAAACCAAGAAACAAUUGCCAACAAAACUUUCCCCAGGCUCUCACAAGGUAUCAAAGUUUAGUGAUUCGGAGCCAGGAUCAUCAUCACCUCUAAAUAGGUUCCCCAUCAAAACUGCUUCUGUGGGAUCCAGUGAUUCUAAAAAAGUCUCUAAACCUGGCAGCUUGAAUACUAGAAGUCACUCGGCUGGAAAUAAACUGAGUCACUCUGUGUCUUCAUUGCCUGAAACAAAGAAAGAGAACACUAGUGUUACAUCUGAUACAAAGGCAUCCAUGGCACGGAUCAGAAGAUUAUCAGAGCCUAAAAUGGGUAGCAGCCAUCAUGUUUCUUCAGUUAAGUCAAAAAGUACUGAACCAGUAUCAAAGACAAAGAUAUCUGAUGGGCCCGAGAGCAAAAAAAUAUCUGCUAUUGUGAACUAUGAUAAAAGCAAGGCGGCAACCCUUCCAGAAUUGAAAAUAAGGACAUCCACAGGACCCGAUGUUGCCAAGAACAAAUCAGCAGCAAAAGAUAUGACGCAGAAGGUUAAUGGAAAGAAGUCUUCUACAACAUCUGAAGGUGCUAAGCCGAAGAGGAACAACGAAAGCAUUUCACAUUAUAGUGAUGGUGAUGACAACCCAAUAAUUGAAAAGACUGUUGUGAUGCUAGAAUGUGAUAAGCCUUCUAUUCCUACUGUACAUGCAUUGGAAGGAAAUAUGGAGGCGCAAAAGGGACGGUACAAUAACGUAGAGAUUGGGAAGAAAUCUGAGGUGGUGUCAGAUUAUGCUGCUGUGCGUGCUCCAGUUUCACCAUUUACCAUGGAUAGAGUUGAUGGAGAUUCCUCUAAACGCCAAUCACAAGAACAACCUGUUUCUUAUAAGGUCACAACAAUUAAUACAGACAAAGAACCUCCAAAGUUUUCAAGCAUUGGUAUUGCUGAUAAACCGUAUCAAGCCCCCUUGGCUCGGAAUUCUUCUUUGGAAGAUCCAUGUACUGGAAAUUCCGAGUAUAGCAAAGCACCACCAGUAAGCUCAGAGAUUAUGACAACAGGUACAGAGACUGUUAAAGCACUUGUAUCUGAUUCUAGAAACUUGAGACUGGAAAAGAUUCCUGAAUCAUUGGAGAAACCUCAAGUAAAGGAAUCAUCAAAAGGAAUUAGACGGCUGUUGAAGUUUGGAAGAAAGAAUCAUAGCUCAGCUACAGGCGAACGCAAUACUGAAUCUGACAAUGUCACUGGUUCUGAGGUCGAUGAUUCUGCGACAAACUCUGUUUCUACAAGUGAAGUUCAUACAUUGAAGAAUUUGAUCUCUCAAGAUGAAACUCCCACAGGUGGCAAUACUCCGCAAAAGUCAUCUCGCUCUUUCUCCUUGUUAUCUCCCUUCCGGAGCAAGAAUAGUGAAAAGAAAUCGACAGCAUGACAACAUGGAUUAUAUAUUUGAAGGUGACGGAGCAGCUUGUAUGUUUCGACUAUUUUGGUUGUGAAUUUUUACAAAUAUCAUUGUUGUAAUGUGAAAAGGCAAAAUUAUUAGUGACAUUGUUGUUAAAGUGAUCCUUGUACAUGACCAUUCAUUUGAAUGAUAACAUAUUGUGUAGCUCCCUGUGUGAACUUAUUAAAUCAACAAUAGCUAUAAACUUGGAUAGUUUUGUUUGAGA